AUGGCCAUUGGCCUGCUCGGCUGUGUCAAGAUGGCCGAGACUAUCACAUCUUUUGCGGUCUUGCGAACAAUGCCUGUUAACACCCGCCUCCCCGAACGUUUGCUGACAGAUACUGUGCACAGCAAUCACGACGGUUGCCAAUUGACGACUACAAACGGUGCCAACCCCGCAGCGUCUUAA